AUGCUGACGCCGACGACGACGGUGCUGGGCCUCGCUGCCGCUGCCGGCCUGCUCUCGCACUGGCAGCUCUUCCUGCGCGGCGAGUGGGAGCGCCAUACGCCCGCCGUGGCCGCCGUCUACUCCCUCGUGGCCGCCGGCUUGCUCGCUGCCUUCUGGCUCGUCCAGCGUCUGCCGCUGCUCGACUCGCUGUGGGCGCUGGCAGUGCUCGCGGCCGUCUACGCACUCUCGCUGUUUGCCAGUAUAUCCAUCUACCGGCUCUGCUUCCAUUCGCUCAAGCAGUUCCCAGGCCCUGUCGCAGCCAAACUGUCGGGUUUCUGGUCUGUCGCCUGCGCCCUGCCACAGUUCAAGUUCCACGAAGCUGUUCAGGCCCUUCACGCUGAGCAUGGCGACUUUGUCCGGAUCCGUCAGUCUGUCCCAUUGAUUGUGCUUUUUUUUUGGGAUGGUUGUGUGUUGUGUGUUGUGUGUGUGGUUGUUGAUACUGAUACAUCUCUGCAGGACCGCGCGAAAUCUCAGUCAACAACGCUGCAGCCGUGCGAGAUAUCCAUGGUUACGGCUCGUUAUCUGAGCAACUGUCUAACUGAGAAUAUCUCGACUGACUGGUUUCUACGUCUAGCAUUGAGCGAGUAUGAGCCUCGCGUGUACCAGCACUGUCUGGACCUGGUCAAGCAGCUCUCCAGACUGGCCGGGACGCCGGUCGACAUCGGCAAAUGGUUCAAGUACUUUGGCUUUGACGUCAUGGGCGACCUCAGCUUUGGACGGCCAUUCGACAUGCUGACCACCGGCAACCCUCAUUUCCUCUUUGGCAUGAUGGAGUCCAGCAAGCCUGUCGUGGGAACGCUCAUUGGCGUCCCCUGGCUCUUCAUUCUCUUCCAAAAGCUGCCCGGAAUCAGCCGUGUACGCUCAAACUGGAUCUCCUGGUGCGGCGUCCAGGUCCAAGAACGAAUGAAGCUGGGAACUACACGGCCUGAUCUGUUUUCAUACAUCCUGGGAAAUGAUCUCAGUGAAGCUACAUCUGAUGGAGACCUGACUUAUGACGCCGAAUUGGCCAUCGUGGCAGGCAGUGAGACCACAGCUCUCAACCUGACCACAGUCCUCUACCUCCUGGCACUCCAUCCAGAGCAGAAAAAGGCACUCCAGGCCGAGGUCGACCUCCUGAUACCCACCCUCGACCAAUUCUCACACCAGAAGCUCGCAUCCAGUCACCUCCUCGAAGGGUGCAUCAACGAAGGCCUACGGCUCUACCCUCCCGUCCCCAGCGGAGUGCAACGCCUGACACCCCCGCAGGGAGCAAUGAUCGCGGACAGAUGGAUUCCUGGAGACACGAUCGUCUCGACUCCCACAUACACUCUCCAUCGCGAUCACGAUCUCCUUAUUUUUGCCUUUUCGUAUUUUCUCGGUCGUUUCCCUGCCUUCUCUUCUCUCUCUCUCUCUCUCUUCCCACAGAUACUUGAUAGCAGAUAUUUCGUACAGCCCAAUCAUUUCAUCCCCGAGAGAUGGUCGUCUAAGCCCGAGCUGAUCAUUCGCAAGGACGCGUUCAACCCGUUCCUGGCAGGUAGAUACUCCUGUGCCGGCCGUCCGCUCGCCAUGAUGGAGAUGCGCAUGCUGCUGGCGAUGGUCGUCCGGCUGUUCGAUUUCAGCUUCCCCAAAGAGAGCCGUGCCGGCGCCGAGAAACUCUACGAUAGCAAGGGCGGAUUCAGAGACUACUUCACAGCUGGAGCCCCGACGGUUCCCCUGGUCUUUACCAAGCGGUCUCUCGAUACCGUAGCCAAUGGGACCUGA